UACCGCCUUCUCUUAACGGGGUGCACCAUUUCACUCCUCUGCGUCUCACCGACCGCACGCGUAAAAAGGGAAAAAUCACAUAGAUUUUCCGAAUAGCUGCGUUAACUAAACGACGAUGUUCAACGCUCAGAUUUUGCUGUCUUUUCCCCUCACAACUAUCUAAAAUUGCCAUAUACUCCAAUGGUUUUACUGUGCGUAGGAUGGGAUUAACUUUGACCGGAAGAUAUAUUUCAUUGUUUCUUGCUGUUCAAAUAGCCUAUUUGCUACAGGCGGUUCGAGCGGCAGGGAAAUGUGAUACAGUGUUCAAAGGUUUCUCAAACUGCCUGCUUCGACUGGGAGAUAACAUGGCCAACUAUCCACAGGAGCUGGACGAGAAGGAAAACCUUCAGACCAUCUGCACUUACUGGGAUGAUUUCCAUUCAUGUGCGACCACUGCUCUGGCAGACUGUCAGGAGGGAGCCACAGAUCUGUGGGAGAAGCUGAAAAAAGAGUCCAGAAAUCUGGACUUCCGCGGCAGCCUGUUUGAACUGUGUGCUGGCGGGAACGGCGCGAGCAGAUCAACGGUUCCGUUCGGCUUAACGCUGAUACUAACGGCACUGUCUGCUCUCGUGACGUGGCUUCAGUUUUAACCCACGGGAAAUGAAGAAAACACAAAACAACGAAAAUAAGAAAGAAAACAGAAGAGUGGAAAAGACAAGAUAUACCAUCAACGCGAGAAUACAAAAAAGAAUAAUGACGGUCAAAUUUCAUCCUCACACAAAUGGAUUGAUAUAUUUCAUCUGGUGAAAAAGACUUUUUGCAAGAGACAAUGGCAAGAAGAAGUCUUCGGGGAAUGCUCAAAGCACAUUUGCCUGACUCUGGGUCGAUUUCAUGAAAUAUUUAUCAGAUAUUGAGUUGAAAUGACGGCCUGAAUUUCUAAAAGGUCCUGGUUAGUAUCAUAGUAUUUUAUAACAUUAGCGUCUGUUAUAAAUGAAUUAUUACUGUAGGCUUUUCACUUUCUCAAUGAACAUCAUGCAUAUAGAAAGAUAGUAAUUAUUCUCCCAUCAGUUAACUCGUUCAGAUUUCCCAUUGUUCGCAGGCACGUUUGUUUUAUAUCCUAUUUUUCAAUUUUUAGUAUUCAUUUAUCAAAUUUAUUUUUGUCAAGCCAAGUAUAUGAGUGAUGUGUGAGGGGGUUGGGUGUUUUGCUGACCCACUAAUCCAGAAAAAUAUAGGAAACAUCUCUAAUAAUCACGAUGCUAAUAAUACAAAUAAUACUAUUAGGCCUACUAGCCUACAAAUAAUAAAGAAACCUCAGGAAUGACUACAGGCAUCUAUUUAGUGGAAUACAGGAAUGCAUGAAAGCAGAGGGUAUUUUGAGAGAUUUUAUUGAGAGAAAGAAGAAGAAGAAGAAGAAGAAGAAGAAGAAGAAGAAGAAGAAGAAAACAAAAGAACUUGAGCAUAUCACAUGUAGCCAGGACAAGGCUGUGGACGAGCUGACUGUUGCCAUUCUUUUCCUGAACACUAUUCUAUUUAUAAUAGGAAAUCCAUUCCAUUCCGAGAAGAUUUGUCUCUUUCCAUGUAGGACACAUUAAAUUAUAAAGGGAACACUUUACAUUGCAGUGUCAGUGUUACACGCUAUAUAUAACAACGUGUAUAUUUUAAAGCAAGCAGCUCAAAAAACAAUUACACAUUAAGUACACGUAGUUAAUGAUUAUUACGCAGUACUAACCUAUGUAGUUACACAGUUAUUACACUGCAAUGUAAAGUGAGUCCAGUAUUUCUCCCGACAGUAUAGUAGCACGACAAUAUCCGGACUUUGACAUUAGUAGUUGGAUGAAGUGAAUUUUGCUAGCUUUAUUUGAUGUCGCCAGGGCAUAGACCACGUUUCACUGCCUUCAAAAGAUGUGUAUUUUGUUUGUUUGUUCGUUCGUUUGUUCGUUUCUGGGGAUGUUGCAUAUGAAAUACCUGAAUAUUCAAAAUCAUACAAGUAAAUAAGAGAUGUAUGUGAAAUGAAAAAGAGAGACACUUUAACAGAAACAGGUUUAAAACAGAUUGAUUAUAGGUAUAUAAAAAGAUUGCUAAAAAGAAGUAUUUAAAAAGUAUGAAAUAAAAACAGUUACUGUUUGAAAGAGA